UCUCUUACAUCCCUGUUCCUCCCCACCCACCUAACAUUCUCCAUCGUUGCCAUGAGCGCCUUUAUCUCUCGGGCAUCCUUCUUGUCGGCAUCCGCCAGGCAGGGAUAUGGCAGGGUUCCUGCAACUCUGUCUCGCUUCAGCAACACCCCAUCAAGAUCGGGACUUUUGAGUCGUCGGACACAGUCUCGCCUCUAUGCAUCUGAAAAGCCGCCUAAGCAACAAGGGGAGGGCAAUACGCCAGAAAAUAUUCCCAAGGGUUUCGAGAACUUUUUCGGCAAGGUACUCCGGGAUGCAGCCAAAAAAACUGAGGGCAAUGGACAGCAGCAGGCAUCCAAGUCUGGAAGCGGCGGAAACAAGAAUAGCAGCAACAACAGCAACCCAAAUAAUAACAGCGAGCACGGCAGCGGCAGCAAAAACAGCAGCGGCAACAAUCAAGGGAGCAGCCGUCCACCCAAUCGCAAACCUACGCCACCCCCAGAUGGCCAGUUUUACACGAUGAAGAUUAAUCCGAACACGGUCCUUCCGAUCGCUUUCACGUCGUACGUUCUCUACAAAGCCAUGGCCCCAUCUGAGAACUCGCGCGAGAUUACCUGGCAAGAGUUCCGUUCGACGUUUUUGGACCGCGGAUUGGUGGAUCGCUUGGUGGUUGUUAACAGGAACAGGGUUAAAGUUUACCUGCGCCAUGAUGCACCAGGACAGAUUCCAGGCUCAAUGAGCCAGUCCCACGGCACCACUUAUACUUUCAGUAUCGGAUCAGUUGAGGCAUUCGAGCGCAAGUUGGAUGAGGCACAGACUGAACUCGGCAUUCCUGGAUCAGAACGUAUCCCAGUUUCUUACAGGGAUGAGGUCAAUGUCCUUGGCACGCUGAUACACUUUGCGCCAACCUUGCUUCUUGUUGGUGUGCUUGUCUAUAUGGCCAAGAAGGGCGGUGGAGGAGCUGGCCAGGGUAUUUUUGGUGUCGGCAAAUCCAAGGCCAAAUUGUUCAAUCAGGAGACGGAUAUCACUGUCAAGUUCAAGGAUGUGGCAGGCAUGGAUGAGGCCAAGGUCGAGAUCAUGGAGUUUGUCAAGUUUUUGAAGAACCCGGCUGCGUACGAGAAGCUGGGAGCCAAGAUCCCCAAGGGUGCCAUCCUUAGCGGUCCACCCGGAACCGGAAAGACACUUUUGGCUAAGGCAACCGCGGGUGAAGCCGGUGUCCCUUUCUUGAGUGUUUCUGGAUCCGAGUUCGUGGAGAUGUUUGUUGGUGUUGGAGCAUCGCGUGUUCGUGAUCUAUUCGCCAGCGCAAAGAAGCAUGCACCAUGCAUUAUCUUUGUGGACGAGAUUGAUGCCAUCGGUAAGGCUCGUGGUAAAGGAGGUCAGUUUGGUGGCAACGACGAACGUGAGAGCACACUGAACCAGCUUCUGGUGGAGAUGGACGGAUUCGGAUCGAAUGAACAUGUGGUUGUGCUCGCAGGAACGAACCGACCGGACGUGCUGGACGACGCCUUGAUGAGACCUGGUCGCUUCGAUCGCCAUAUCGCCAUUGAUCGGCCUGACAUUAAAGGCCGAAGUGACAUCUUCAAGGUCCACCUCAGACCCAUCAAGACGAGUGAGGAUAUCCCUAGAUUGGCGCAGAAGCUGGCCGCUUUGACGCCAGGAUUCUCAGGAGCUGACAUCCACAAUGUCUGUAACGAGGCUGCAUUAAUCGCCGCGAGACACAACAAGGACACUGUGGUUGAGGCGGAUUUUGAGGCGGCUAUUGAGCGCGUGAUUGUGGGUCUGGAGAAGAAGUCCAAGGUCUUGUCGCCUGAGGAGAAGAAGACAGUGGCGUAUCACGAGGCUGGACAUGCUGUUGCUGGAUGGUACUUGGAGCAUGCGGAUCCUCUUCUCAAGGUCUCGAUCAUUCCUCGUGGAGUUGGUGCUUUAGGAUAUGCGCAGUACUUGCCAAAGGACCAGUACUUGUACUCGACUCAGCAGCUUAUGGACCGUAUGUGUAUGACUCUCGGCGGCCGUGUCUCUGAGCACAUCUUUUUCGGCAUCAUCACCACUGGUGCCCAGGACGAUCUUCAAAAGGUUACCAAGAUGGCAUACGCUCAAGUUGCCACCUAUGGAAUGGACUCUGAGCUCGGACCAUUGUCGUACGGAAACCCCGAGAAGGAGAACCAGUUCACGAAACCUUACAGCGAGCAGACUGGCCAGCUGAUCGAUAACCAGGUCCGUGCAUUGAUCGGGAAGGCCUUCCGCAAGACCACUGAUCUGUUGACGGAGAGGCGUGGCGAUGUUGAGAAGGUUGCCAAGCUAUUGAUGGAGAAGGAGGUCUUGAACCGUGCGGAUAUGGAGCGGCUUUUGGGCAAGCGACCCUUCCAGGACAAGCUGCAUGAGUUGCUGGGAACCGAAGUCGCUACGCAAGAUGACCAUCUUCCCGGAACAACGACCGCCCCCUCCACAGAUGACCCUUCACCACCCAAUCCUUCAUCCACACCACCUGUAUAAUCUUUAUUCUGAAUCGACUAUUUUUAUGCUACAAUUCAAUGCCUACGAGCCGCUGAAACGAAGAUGCCUUUGCUUUGCUUUGCUUUAAACUUGUUAUGGUCCAUAGUUGGGCUACGUAUUUUUUUUUUUAAAAAAAAAAAA